AUGGUUUGGUGGGGAGUGUCAUAUGAGGGUGUUACUCAACUGCAUUUCUGUGAGCAGGGAGUCAAAUCACGUGCGGUUAACUACCAAAAUGAUAUUUUAGAAAAGGUAGUAAAGCCUUUAAGUGAUACUUUGUUUGUAGGAAAGAACUGGACCUUUCAGCAGGAUUCAGAGCCUGCACAUAAAGCAAAAACCACACAACGCUGGUUAGAGGUCAAUUUACCUGAAUUUAUCGCCGCUCAAGAUUGGCCCUCGGGAAGUCCAGACCUCAAUCCUUUGGACUACAGACUGUGGAAUAUUUUAGAGGAGAAGGCCUGCUCUAAGCCCCAUCGAAAUAUCGAAUCAUUAAAAGCCGAUUUGGUAAAAUCAGCUGCCUCAAUACCGUUAGAAGUGGUGCGUGCUGUCAUAGACAAGACGAGUGGCCAGAUCGUUUGA